AUGGUCGUCAUCUCGGUAGCUGGAACGUCAGCGUCGUCGCGGCGCUUACUAGCGUUAGGCCUGAGAGCGGACGCUCGAGCAACGGCACGACCCGCCAUCCCAGCACGGCCACUUCCCACACAAUCGAGAGCAUUCUCAAUAACGUCAUCGCGGGCAUUCGAACAACAGCAACAGCAACGGCAGCAGCAUCAGGCCUCCUCAAGCCCGGCACCAUCAUCGUCUGAGGGUAAGUCGGACAAGGAGUCGAACGGUGGCUUCCGGAGCUUCUUCAACUCGACCGGAUGGGAGACCGCCAUGGGUGCCUCGGUCGGCGUGCUCUUGCUCGGCGGCGCUGCCAUGGUUUAUCACGGCUGGUACAAGCGUCAUGUGCUCAAGAAGAUGGAGGCAGCUUUUGAUCCCGGCUACGACCCUGUUUUGGCGCUGGCGAAGAGCGGUGACCAGCUCGCCCACGUCCGGAUCGACCCGCCAAGACCCGAAGACGAGAUGAUUCGCAGCAUCAUCUCUGGCAAAGAAGCAGGUCGCUACUUCCUUGUGAUGGGCAGCAAGGGGUCUGGCAAGGCGACGUCUAUCAUCGAGGCUAUGGCCGCCAUCGAUGCCGACGGAUGCGCCUUCUUCGACGCGCAUCUCGACCCCACCAUCGUGGUAGACCGCUUCUCGGAGUCGAUCAACUUCAGCAACAACCGCGACUACCUCGGCAACUUGCUCGGUCUUUCCGAUCUGUCUGGCAUGUCGUAUUACCAGCAACUAGAGCGGGCGCUGCACAAGCUCGAACGAGCGCUCAUCACGCGCAAGCAGAAGACCGGCAAGCCAGCCAUCAUUGUGAUGAACAGCGCGCAUCUGCUUCCACGUGACGACGAGGGCACCAAGCUGCUGCACAUCUUCCAGCAGCGUGCCGAGAAGUGGGCAUCCGCAGGAACAGCCACAUUCGUCUUCACCUCGGCUGACUACUGGGUCUACGAUGUCCUCCGCAAGGCGUCCAACCGCAUGGACACGCUCUCGUUCCGCGACCUUACGCGGCGGCAAUCGAUCAACGUGCUCAGCGGCUGUCGCAAGCAGUACUGGGGCGAGAAGCCUUCCUCGCAAGACCCACGCGUGCUGCAAGAGGUCUACGAGAUCUGUGGCGGUCGUCUCGGGCUGCUCAACAAGGUUGCGCGACGCAAAGAUAUGCUUCGCGCGGCCCGCCAGAUGGUGGAAGACGACAUGCAAUGGGUUCUCAGCAAAACGGGCAUCAUCGAGGAUCAUGAUGAUGAUGUGAUGGACGAGCAAAAGUGGUCGACGUGCAGCUGGCUGCUCUUCUGCGAGCUGUCCAAGAAGCAGAAGGAGUUGGAGGACCUGUUGGACGAGAACGGGGGGAGGGUGCCUUCAUUCGUCAACCAGGACGAGGUGGAGGAUCCGCAGUAUAGCAGUCUAGCUGCGCAGCUGCAUACCGAUGCAGGCUGGUACAAGGCCAAGGCGUCGCCCGUGCCUGGGCUGACCCGCUUCACCACCGCCUUCCUGCAUCGCGGCGAUGACGACGAGGAUGCCAAGCGGGGCAACAGACCGGCCGAAGACGGAGAUAGCCCUGAUGACGACGACGACGAUGACGAGCAAGAUGCCCACCGCCGGCUCACCGAGUCGCCUCUCACUGACCCGUGUAUGGACACCGAAUCUGACGUUCGCGGCGCCGACGUCCCCAACCCACACCUCACCUGGGGCGAAGCACGCCAAGUCAUGACCCGCCCCGAUUUCAUCAUGGAGCUCGACCACCUCAAUGUCAUUCACAUCGACCGACACCACCACAUCCGCGCCGACUCGAUGCCGCUGCUCCGCGCCAUGCGCCGCGUCGCCGAGUCGCAGGGCUAUGAGGAGCGCCUCGAGUCCGUCAUGGACCGUGUUUCGGCGAUCGAGAGCUUGGGACGCACGCGCGAGCUGCUGUGGAAGGAGCAGGGAGACGGAGGCAAAUUUUUGAUCAAGAAGGAUGGAAAGGGGAGGGAGGUCGAGACCUGGACGCUCUUGGGCGGCGACGAGAGGCUUGGUCGUGACACAGACGAGGAUGACAAAGAUGCAGACGAUUAG